AAAGUAGGGCGAAAGCAGUUGUCAGUGUCGUUUGCGUCCCAGUCCAAAUUCAGUCCACAUUACUCGGUAAACUCAAUCCGAAGCCACUAGACAAUACUUUUUCUAUUAUUUUAUAAGGUGGAAAUUCCUUCCAUGAUGAAGCAAUACGCACUGACAACCUGCAUUCGUCGCAUCUGGAUCAUGUCCGGAUGGCUGCGCCAGGAGGCGGCAAUAGCAGCAGGCAUGUUGGUGGUGCAGCGACAUCAGGUCGAACUGACGGAGCAGAAGGAGGAGCUCGAAGUCGGACAGCAGGCUGCACCCAGUGGCGGCGACGUGGGUGUCGACUCGCAAGGAAGACUACGGCGUGUGCGGCUGCUAGACGACUACAUCCUGCCCUUUGAAUGUGGUGUUUGAUUCUUGAUCUGCAACUCCUGUUCACCGAUCUGGUUGUGCGCUAGAGCGUAGUUAGUUAAUUACGCAUUCGAAUUAGUUCGAUGGUCUGAUUCGUAAAACCAUUUUUCCAAAUUUACAUAACAUAACAUAAAUUUUAAUCGAAAAAAUAGUCAAAAAAAUAUCAGUCCUUGUUAAUGUACAGUUUAUAUUUUCAAAAUAAGUUCGCGUUAGCGAAUUCAAAAUUAAACAAUAAUAGUUUCUCAGUUGUGAUUAAAAUAGUUCUGCUAUUCCAUUUUCAAAUUUGGAAUUAGCCCAGAAUUAAAUGGCAUGUGUCUGUCAGUAUGAACUAAA